AUGGCAUUAUCAAAUAAUGGAUUUCAGGCUGCACCACCUGCAAAUAAAACGAAAAUUGAGACGAAAAAAUCAGUCACUAAUGAAACGAAAACCACAAAGCUGGUGAAUGAAACGACAAUUGAGACAAAGACAUUGAAUAAUGAAACUGAUACAAUGAAAGUUGCGAACGGAACGACAAAUGAAACAACGACAUUAAUUGAUGAUGUGAUUGAGACAACGACAUCAUCAAAUAGGGAAUCUCAGGCACCACCACUCGCAAAUGGAACGAAAAUUGAGACGAAAAAAUCAGUCACUAAUGAAACGAAAAUCACAAAGCUCGUGAAUGAAACGACAAUUAAGACAAAGACAUUGAAUAAUGAAACUGAUACAAUAAAAGUUGUGAAUGGAACGACAAAUGAGACAAUGACAUUAAUGGAUAAUGGGAAUAUGACAACGACAUCGUCAAAUAGGGAAUCUCAGACACCACCACCCGUAAAUGGAACGCAAAUUGAGACGAAAAAAUCAGCCACUAAUGAAACGAAAACCACAAAGCUUGUGAAAGAAACGACAAUUCAGACAAAGAAAGUGAAUAAUAAAACUAAUACAAUAAAAUUUGCGAAUGGAACGACAAAUGAGACAACAUUACUGGAUAAUGGGAUUGAGACAACGACAUCAUCAAAUAACGGAUCUCAGGCUACACCACCUGCAAAUGAAAUGAAAAUUGUGACGAAAAAAUCAGUCAAUAAUGAAACGAAAACCACAAAACUUGUGAAUAAAACGACAAUUGAGACAAAGACAUUGAAUAAUGAAACUGAUACAAUGAAAGUUGCAAAUGGAACGACAAAUGAGACAACGACAUUAAUUGAUGAUGUGAUUGAGACAACGACAUCGUCAAAUAGGGAAUCUCAGGCACCACCACCCGCAAAUGGAACGAAAAUUGAGACGAAAAAAUCAGUCACUAAUGAAACGGAAAUCACAAAGCUCGUGAAUGAAACGACAAUUAAGACAAAGACAUUGAAUAAUGAAACUGAUACAAUAAAAGUUGUUAAUGGAACGACAAAUGAGACAAUGACAUUAAUGGAUAAUGAGAUUGAGACAACGACAUCGUCAAAUAGGGAAUCUCAGGCACCACCAUCCGCAAAUGGAACGCAAAUUGAGACGAAAAAAUCAGUCUCUAAUGGAACGAAAAUCACAAAGCUCGUGAAUGAAACGACAAUUAAGACAAAGACAUUGAAUAAUGAAACUGAUACAAUAAAAGUUGUGAAUGGAACAACAAAUGAGACAAUGACAUUAAUGGAUAAUGGGAUUGAGACAACAACAUCGUCAAAUAGGGAAUCUCAGGCACCACCACCCGCAAAUGGAACGCAAAUUGAGACGAAAAAAUCAGUCACUAACGAAACGAAAACCACAAAGCUUGUGAAAGAAACGACAAUUCAGACAAAGAAAGUGAAUAAUGAAACUGAUACAAUAAAAGUUGCGAAUGGAACGACAAAUGAGACAACGACAUUACUGGAUCGUGGUAUUGAGACAACAACAUUAUCAAAUGACGGAUCUCAGGCUGCACCACCCGCAAAUGAAACGAAUAUUGAGACGGAAAAAUUAGUCACUAAUAAAACGAAAACUACAAAGCUUGUGAAUGGAACGACAGUUGAGACAAAGACAUUGAAUAAUGAAACUGAUACAUUAAAAGUUGCGAAUGGAAUGAUGUUAAUGGAUAAUGGGAUUGAGACAACGACAUCAUCAAAUAACGGAUCUCAGGCUGCACCACCCGCAAAAGAAACGAAUAUUGAGACGAAAAAAUUAGUCACUAAUGAAACGAAAACCACAAAGCUUAUGAAUGAAACGAUAAUUGAGACAAAGACAGUGAAUAAUGAAACUGAUAAAAUAAAAGUUGCGAAUAGAACGAUAAAUGAGACAACAAUAUUACUGGAUAGUGGGAUUGAGAUGACAUCAUCAAAUAACGGAUCUCAGGCUGCAACGCUCGCAAAUGAAACGAAUAUUGAGACGAAAGAAUCAGUCACUAUAGAAACGAAAACCACAAAGCUUGGGAAUAAAACGACAAUUGAGAGAAAGACAGUGAAUAAUGAAACUGAUACAAUAAAAGUUGCGAAUGGAACGACAAAUGAGACAACGACAUUACUGGAUAAUGGGAUUGAGACAACAACAUCAUCGAAUAACGGAUCUCAGGCUACACCACCCGCAAAUGAAAUGAAUAUUGUGACGAAAAAAUCAGUCAGUAAUGAAACGAAAACUACAAAACUUGUGAAUAAAACGACAAUUGAGACAAGGACAGUGAAUAAUGAAACUGAUAAAAUAAAAGUUGCGAAUGGAACGAUAAAUGAGACAACGAUAUUACUGGAUAAUGGGAUUGAGACAACGACAUCAUCAAAUAACGGAUCUCAGGCUACACCACCUGCAAAUGAAACGAAAAUUGAGAUGGAAAAAUCAGUCACUAAUGAAACGAAAACCACAAAGCUUGUGAAUGAAACGACAAUUGAGAUAAAAACAGUGAAUAAUGAAACUGACACAAUAAAAGUUGCGAACGGAACGACAAAUAAGACAACGACAUCAUCAAAUAAUGGAUCUCAAUCUCCACCACCCGCAAAUGAAACGAAUAUUGAGACGAAAAAAUUAGUCACUAAUAAAACGAAAACUACAAAGCUUGUGAAUGAAAUGACAGUUGAGACAAAGACAUUGAAUAAUGAAACUGAUACCUUAAAACUUGCAAAUGGAACGACGUUAAUGGAUAAUGGGAUUGAGAAAACGAUAUCAUCAAAUAGCGGAUCUCAGGCUACACCACCCGCAAACGAAACGAAUAUUGAGACGAAAAAAUCAGUCACUAAUCAAACGAAAACCACAAAGCUUGUGAAUGAAACGACAAUUGAAACAAAGACAGUGAAUAAUGAAGCUGAUACAAUGAAAGUUGCGAACGGAACGAGAAAUAAGACAACGACAUCAUCAAAUAAUGGAUCUCAAUCUCCACCACCUGCAAAUGAAACGAAAAUUCAGACGAAAAAAUUAGUCACUAAUAAAACGAAAACCGCAAAGCUUGUGAAUGAAACGACAAUUGGGACAAAGACAUUGAUUAAUCAAACUGAUACAAUAAAAUUUCUAAACGGAACGACAAAUGAGACAACGACAUUGCUGGAUAAUGGAAUUAAGACAAUGACACCAUCAAAUAACGGAUCUCAGACUAUACCAACUGCAAAUGGAACGAAAAUUGAGACGAACAAAUCAGACACUAAUGUAACGAAAACCGUAAAGGAUGUGAAAAAAAUAACAAUUGAGACCAAGACAGUGAUUAAUCAAACUGACAUGAUAACAAUUUCCAAUAGUGCGACAACUGAGACAACUACACUGAGAUAUGAUGGAUCACCUAGAAGUCAUCAUCAAGUAACCAGACCAAAUCAAGUGCAGCAUUACAACAAUCCUCGUCCCGGUCGCUCACCGGUCCGACACUGUGUCCAUGAGCAAUACUACGAUAAUCGCGAAGGCCGCUGUCUCAUGGCACCCGGCGGUGGUAGAGUUAAACGAGUCGAGACCAAUCAAACAUGCACCCAAGAAGUCCCAAGAGUCAAUUCAUUGAACAAGAGCAGCUACUCCAUUUGUACAUCAUCAAAAAUUAUGUACGCAGAAUGCGCAAAGAAUGAGGUUUUUUCGGAUAGAUUGAAAAGAUGUGUCCUUGAUAAUCCUUCAGCCAAUGAAAAAUCUCCGAUUUCCGAUCAUAGUGAUAAAUUGUGUGAUAAAAAAAUGAGGGAGCUCAAGUUGUCUGGAAACCGUUGUAUUUAUUACACCUGCAAUUCUAAAGGAUUUAGAAUAUUCAAAGAGAUUUUUCCACCUGUUGAAUAUAUGCCGUAGUUGUUCACAAUAUGCUUCUGGUAAACCUCUAUCAUCAACCGCAACUACGAUGACAACAUUCACAGCAAAACCUACAUACCAGGGGAGCAGAGAUCAUCAAUAAUAAUUAAUUUCCCAAAUUUUUUCAAAAUAAUUCCAACUAUCACCCGGAAUCGUCAAUUGGUAGUUUCAUUUUUCCGAUUAUUCCAUUAGUCGGGAAUCACAACAAAAAAUUAUGCAUUAAAUACUUAAUCGACAAUCAGCAUUGACGUAUGACCGAUUACUAAAAUCAUCAGUAAUCGGCAUCACUAAGAGAUUGAUUAUCAUUGCAAUCAUGAAUAACAGCCGCAAAUUAAUUCGUUGAUCGAAUAAUCAUUAAUGAGAAUGGGCAAUUGUCUGAUCAAUAGAUAAUUAUCUUGAUCAAUAAAUUAUUUAAACCAUUGA